AUGGGGCCUCCCAUCAGCGAAGAGGACGUUGGCUUCCAGUUCCCUCAGCAACAAAACCAGCAGAACUUCGAUAUGCCUCCUAGCGAGAUGAACCAGCGGAAAGCGGGCGAGGGGCCCGAGAUAUCUGGUAUUAUGGCGGAACAGAUUGAGGCUUUGCAGCAACAGCAACAGGCUCUCUACCAGCAGCAGCUCGCUUCCAAUCAGGUCUUGUCCUUUCAGACUCCUGGACUCGCGCCUGGCCGUCCGAAUGUGCACCGUCGUGUGCAUAGCACCGUCCCAAUGGGCAUGGGCAUGCCGUUUGGCGGGCCCCAGGCCGCCAUGGGCCAGUUCGGGAAUCUCAAUGGUCUAGGAAUGGGCCUUGACGGUCAGCCUUCGGGCGUGCCGCGCGGACACGGAAGGCGUCACAGCGUCAACGUCCUGAACAAGUCAGGCAGUCAGCCUGGGCUAGGUGCAUUGGGCUUCUCGCAGAGCGUCGAUGGUUAUGACGACGGAUUUAACGCCCCUGGUAACAUGGGUAAUGGUCACUCUCGUAAUGACUCUAGCUGGCGUAUCAACGGUGGUGUUGGCGGCAUUCAGUCGAACAACAACUUCGCUGCUGACCUCGCUCAGGCGCAGGCGCAGCUGAAUAGUCUCCAGCAAUUCCGUGCUGCUGCUGGCGGUCACCAUCAAAAGAUGGCAUCGUUCAGUUUCCCUAACAUGCUCCCCAACAUGAUGGCAGCCAACAUGAUGGGUCUCGGUUUGGGUGGUAUCAAUCUCCUUCAACAACAGCAACAGCAAUUCCAGUCGCAGCUCCAGCAGCAGUCCACUCAACAGCAGCGCAAGUCGCUGUUCGCUCCUUAUCUCCCACAGGCCUCCCUGCCACCACUCCUUGCUGCAGGCAAGCUUGUCGUUGGUAUCUUACGUGUUAACAAGCGCAACCGCUCGGAUGCAUAUGUCGCGACUGAGGUAUUAGACGCCGACAUCUACAUUUGCGGUUCCAAGGACCGUAACCGCGCUCUGGAAGGCGAUAUUGUGGCAGUCGAGCUGCUCGAUGUUGAUGAAGUCUGGGGCACCAAGAAAGAGAAGGAGGAGAAGAAGCGCAAGAAGGAAGAGAACUCCGCGUACGACCUCAAGGGUGCUGCCGGCCGAAAGAACGACAAGAAGAAAGAUGAUGUUGAAGUCGAAGGCCAAGGUCUGAUGUUGUUCGAGGACGAAGAGGUUACUGAUGAAGUGAAGCCUCAGUUCGCCGGUCACGUCGUCGCAGUUGUCGAGCGCAUGCCUGGACAAUUAUUCUCCGGCACAUUGGGCCUGUUGCGCCCUUCUUCUGCCGCUACCAAAGAGAAACAGGAAGCAGAGCGCCGUGAGAGGGAAGGUGACCGUGGCGACGAACCCAGGCGGCCCAUUGAGCGCCCCAAAAUCGUGUGGUUCAAGCCGACAGAUAAGCGUGUGCCCCUCAUUGCUAUUCCUACAGAGCAAGCCCCUCCUGACUUUGUGCAAAACUCCGAGGCUUAUGCCAACAAGUUGUUCGUAGCAUGCAUUAAGCGACACCCCAUAAGCUCACUGCAUCCGUUCGGUACACUCGUCGAGGAACUCGGUCCAAUUGGGGACAUUGAAGUAGAAACGAGUGCGCUUCUCAAAGAUUGCAACUUCCCAACGGAGGACUUCAGUGAGAACGUGCUGAAAUGUCUGCCCCCCAUCCCUUGGAGCAUUCCCGAGCGUGAACUGGAGAUCCGCAAGGAUCUGCGCAAUGAGCGUGUCUUUACUAUCGACCCCGAUACCGCUAAGGACUUGGACGAUGCUUUCUCCGUCAAGGUCAACGAGGAUGGCACGUACGACGUAUCUGUCCACAUUGCAGAUGUUUCCUACUUUGUCAAGCCAAACACUGCAUUGGACCGUGACGCGCGCAAGCGCGCAACCAGUGUCUAUCUUGUGCAGCGUGCCGUCCCCAUGUUGCCUCCUGCUCUGAGCGAACAGCUUUGCAGUCUUGUCCCCGGGCAAGAGCGCCUGGCGUUCUCGGUCAUCUUCACUAUGACCAAGGAUGCAAAGGUCGUUAAGAAGUGGUUUGGCAAAACGAUCAUCAGGUCCGCUGCUAAGCUCAGUUACAAGCAAGCCCAGAGUGUGCUGGACGGGCAGGCCGCCGGGUUCGAGGUUCAGCCUGAGCACAAUGUUGUGGAUUUCGCCAAUGACAUCAAGAUCGUCCACGACCUUGCCAAGCAGCUUCGUGAACGCCGCUACCAAACCGGGUGCAUCAGAACAGAGUCCUUGAAACUUACCUUCCAGCUCGACGAGAAUGGGAUGCCUGCCGAUUGUGUGCAGUACGAGCACAGCGAGGCCAAUCAUCUUGUUGAGGAGUUCAUGCUACUCACCAAUACUGCCGUUGCACAGCAGGUGGCCGUACACUUCUCCGAACAAGCGUUACUUCGCCGUCACGACCCUCCGAUUGAGCGACGACUGGCUGCCUUUGUUGAGCGGGCGGAGAGGAUGGGCUACAAUUUGGACACUUCGUCGCCUGUCGCACUCAUGAGAUCCCUGCAGUCAGUUGCCGAUCCCGCCGCCCGCAAGAUUCUGGAACUCUUCCUGCAGAAGGCUUCCUCGAAUGCCAAGUACUUCUGUGCCGGCAUGCUUGACAUUGCUAAGUAUAACCACUAUGCCCUGAACAUUCCUCUUUACACCCACUUCACUUCACCCAUCCGUCGGUAUGCGGAUUUACUAGUGCAUCGCCAGUUCGAUUCAAUCCUUCAAGGUGGUGCAGAGCCUAAAUUCACUAUGGAUCGUGAUGCGGUUGCGAAGGUUGCCCAGCAGUGCAAUAUCAAGAGGGAUUCGGCGAAGUUGGCCCAGGAGCAGUCCACACAUCUGUACCUCUGCAUUCUGAUAUCCGACCUCACGCAGCGCUACGGGCCUGUCAUCCGGUCGGCCAAGGUCGUUGGCGUCCUCGAUGCUGCGUUCGACGUACUUGUGCCAGAGUUCGGCAUUGAGAAGAGAGUCCACGUUGAUCAGAUGCCCAUCGACAACCACGUGUAUGACGAGCACACGCACACGCUGCAGAUUUACUGGUCCAACAAGGAUGUGAUUACCUGGCUCGCCGAGAACAGCGACGACGAGCAUCUCAAGAAGGUUAAGCAGAAUGCGGAACAGCAUGCUCUCAAGAUGGAGGUUGCCUCUCGGUCUCUCCAUGAUGAGAAGGCGUUGUUCGACGAGGAUGAUGACGCGGAGGAGGACGAGAUUGUUCUCGGUCGUGCGGACCGCGAGCAGGGGGCACAGGAGACCUCGAAGCAACGUCUCCUGUCAAAGUCUAAGGUUCCUCCCCACUUCGAGGGCCUGAGGAUCACGCCUGCCGGUCACAAGAUUCAGGAGAUCAGGGAACUUCAAACUGUUCCUGUUAUUGUCACUGCCGACUUGACCAAGAGCCCUCCGGUCAUCAAGGUCUACAGUGUCAACCCUUACGCCGAGCAAAAGUAAACCGUCAACGACAAUGUAUUUGUUCCUCCUUUUCUUUCGCUCUCUGUAUCAGUGCCGGUUUGCGCUGAUUGUAUGAUACGUGCGAUGUGGUGGAUACUGGAAAAUGCCCUCUUUCGAUUUUCUGUGCUGUUUGUGGCCGCUUUUCGCUCGUUCAGCGCACGCUACUCCUCACUUUCCUUGGCCUGCUCAUCGACAGCUAGCCUGCUGUUGCCGCUUGCCAGUGUACUCUAGAGUCUGUAUGUUCCGUUACAUGAUAUGAUGAUGCUGAUGCCCUUCCAAUGAAACAUGUUCCCAUUGUCCA